AUGGCGAAGCUAGUACACAACGUACAGAAGAAACAACAUAGGGAGAGAUCCCAGAAGUCAAGUAGAUCCAAGUAUGGCUUGCUUGAAAAGAAGAAGGACUAUAGGCUAAGAGCGGCAGAUUACCACAAGAAACAAGCCGCACUUAAGGCAUUGAAAGAAAAGGCCAAGUCUCAUAAUCCAGACGAGUACUACCAUGCUAUGACAAAGAAGCGAACCGAUGAUAGAGGUAUUCUCAUAUCUGACAGAGACAGUGAGGUAUUGAGCGUUGACCAAGCCAAAUUGUUGAAAACUCAAGAUAUCAAUUACAUACGAACCAUGCGAUUGCACGAGUCAAACAAAAUCAAAAGACUUCAGGAUGGGAAACUAUUCGAAGGAUCAGGCAAGCAUACGGUAUUUGUUGACUCGAGUAAGGAUCAGGAAUCAUUCAAGCCUGAUGAGUAUUUCAACACUGAUGAAUCUUUGAUCGAGAAUAGACAAAAUAGACUUCGAUUGGACCAGUUGCAGUCGAAUUCUGGAUUGAUAAACUCGUUGAACUUUGAUAUGGACGAAAAGGACAAAUUGGACGAGAGGAAGCUCAAACUGUAUAAGCAACUUCUGAGAACGAUUGCAAAAGAAAAAGAGUUGCGUCAGGUGGAAGAUAUAAUGAGCAGGAAUAUAGAAAAGAUGAAAAAAGGAGAUAAAAAGAAAAUGGUGGAUAACAACGGCAAGACCUACUUCAAAUGGAAGACUCAAAGGAAAAGAUAA